UUUCUUUUUUAAUGAAACUGUGAAGAUAAUAAUUGAAAGUGACUGAAACUGAGCCAUUUUCAGUUAUGUCAGGCUCAGUUAAGUGAAGGUUUUGUUCCUUUUUUUUCAAUUAGAAAAAUUAAGAAUUAAACUUUUUUGUUCUCUAAAGUUAUUCUCACCUUGCAAAACAGAGCACAAAAGCUCUGUUUGCUGAUAGGCAUGAACUUGCUCUAUUUAUUUUCAAAGCUUUUCUUUUGAGAUCACGUGCCUGUGUACGUCCUGAUUCUUCGUCAAGAAUUCAAAUAUGAGCUGAGCUUCUGAAAUUGCUUAAUUCUAAUGCCAAAUACAGCGAUUUAUCUGCAGUUCUUAGAUCUUUUGAUUGUAUUAAGUUCUUUCUGGAUCUUUUUGUGGUAUCAAGUUCUUUCAUAAUGGUGUUCGAAGUAAAGCUGGUUCGCAUACGAAUGUCGGCGUGGAAUUUUCUCGAAAUUUAAGACCCACCAUCUACUGCAGUCCCUCUAGUUUUUCCCUUUUACUUUACACAUCAGAAUUUUUAAGUUUGAGGGUGCAGAGCUAAUUCUUAAUUUCCCUAAUUUCAUGGCGAAAACUCUAUCAAUUUGCACAUGGCGAAAGAUAAGUCUAAACCUAAAAUACAUAAAAGUUACAGGUUAUUAUCUGUAACUCAAGUUGUUAAAAAUCCAUAGUUCUUGAUCUUUGAAUAGCCUUAUAACCAUAAUAUUUGCAUAUUAGCCUAUAGAUACUUGAGUGGAUUUCCCUGGUUGGCUUUUGGUGGAAGUAAACUGAUGGCAAAAAUAUCAGAUGCAUUACUGAGGAAGUGACAGAAUUUUGGUAGAUAACUUCGCCGCAUGGGAAGAUUCUUUCAUUUUUUUGGCUUCAAUCAGGGCAGCAUGGCUAGGAAAAUUCUUGCACGCAAAAGACAUGUUGAUGGAUUAGAAGCUCCUCGAAAUAGCUUGGAACUGCAAGCGGAAACUUCUCAGAGCUGUUGUGCCGCUGGGGAUGUACCGGUUGAAGAAGACUGGUCUGAAAAGAACUGCUAUCCAAUUGAAGCAUCAAUGAAGAAGUUGAUUAAAGAGGAAAUUUCCAAGCAACCUAACAACAGGAAAAAUGUGCCAAGCAUUGUGGCCCGGCUGAUGGGUGUAGACAUGUUACCAUUGGAUACUACAUAUGUAGUUCAGCCAGUUGAUAAAAAGAGUACAGGCAUGGUAACCAAGCACUUGAAAAGGGAGAAAAAUGAAAGGAGCUCAGUCAAUAAUUGCCCUUCUGAUUCAAAGUCUUCCAGGCAUAUGGAAAUUGAUUCACUUUGCCAUAGUAAAGAAAGGGAUGUUGACAGAUGGAGGAAUGGCCAGAAGUUAGGAAAACCAAGGCCUCGAGAACAUCCUCAAGAGGAGGAACUACAGAAGUUCAAAAAAGAAUUUGAAGCAUGGCAAGCUGCCAGGUUUAAGGAAUGUUCUAAGGUUGUUGAAAUUGGCAGCAAUCCUGAUCAGUUGCUUGUGCAAGAGAACAUCAACAAGCAGAAAAUGGUACUGGAUGCAAAUUCUGUAAUGUCAAAAAGUGAAAAGCCUAUAGAAUACAAGGGUCCUGUGUUAAAAGCAAUGUCGAGGGAAAAGGCUAACUUGCAUCAUAGACAUAAUCUGGAACUCUUCCCAGCAGAACAGAAGGAAUCGUUUUCUUCAAGAAACAGAAGUAUAAAUAGAAACUAUGAGCACUCCUCAAUAAAUUAUGAUCAGAAAAUGGAUACGUAUUCUGCUCCCCCAAGGAUAGUAAUCCUGAAGCCUGGUCCUGAUAGAAUUUGUGACCCUGAAGAGUGUUGGACUAGUUCUUCCAGCACUUUAGAGGACAGAGGUAGUAUAGAAGAUUUCCUUGAGGAGGUGAAGGAAAGGCUGAAACGUGAACUGCAAGGAAAAACACUUAAAAGAGGUUUUGCAGUUAGAGGAAGUGGAAUUGAGACUCCUUUUAGUGAAAAGCCAUCAGAUCCAAAACAAAUUGCUCAGCAUAUAGCAAAACAUGUCAGAGAAAGUGUUACACAGGACCUUGGAAUGAAUCUGGUCCGAUCAGAAUCUACACGGUCAUAUAGAAGUGAGAUUCAGUUCAGUGGACCUGAUUCUCCUGAGUUCAUCAACAGGGAUGCUAGGAGAUUCUUAUCAGAGAGACUGAGGAAUGUGCUCAAGAGAGAAACACAUUCUCUGGAUCUUCCUUUAGUUUUUAGUGGCAGGUCUGGAUCAUCUCUCUUAGAUAAUGAGAAAAUCAGACUAGAAGUGGGAGAUACCUCACAAGCUAGAAUUUUGCCUAGCUACUGGGAAAUUGUGAAAGAUGAUCAAGAAAUGCGAAUUAAAUCUUUCAGGCAUGGAGAUGAUGAUGGAUUGCUUCAUAGAGAAUUGUCUCCUAGGAACCUAAUUAGGUCUUUAUCAGCUCCUGUAUCAGGAACAUCAUUUGGUAAGCUUCUUCUUGAGGACCGCCACAUUUUAACUGGUGCUCAUAUCAGGAGGAAGCAUGAAUCCCUCGAAAAUGUGACAAUGGGGUUGAAAAAAAGGAAGAAAGAAAGAUUUAAUAUCAAAGAAAAAGUUUCCAAUUUCAGAUACAGUUUCACUCUUAGGGGAAGGCUAUUUGGCAAAAAGCUUCAAUCAAUGGUAGAAUCACAUGAUUCUGAACAGGAUUUUGUAAAGGAUAUCAUGAGUGGACCAACAGUUGUUAGGAACUUUGGCAAAAGACACAUAAUGGAGAACUCAACUGAGGUGCCUCCUAGCCCUGCAUCUGUCUGCAGCAGUGCUCAAGAAGAGUCCUGGAGGCCAGUGGAUUAUCUCAGCCCACUAUCAACAUCUGAUGUCACUCCGGCGGACGAUAGUAAUAUGCCACAGGUUUUUAAAGAGAUUAGCUCUAAUCUGAAUGAGCUGCAGAGGCAACUAAAUCAACUCAAAUCUAAUGAGCCAGAAGACUCAACAAUUGAACAGGAGCCUAGUGAGUGCAUAAUGGUUAAUUUGGAGGAUGAGGUAGAAGCUUACUUAAGGGAUUUGCUUGUUGCUUCUGGUUUGUAUGAUGGAUCAUGCGAUAAAUGCUUUUCAAGAUGGGAUCCACUUGCAAAGCCUAUCAGCAACUCAGUGUUUGAAAAAGUUGAAGAAUCUUGUAAAAAAUUGGCCAAGGAUAAUCGAAAUAGCAAUAGAGAUGACAAGGACAAGAAGGUAGAUCACAAAAUUUUAUAUGAUUUAAUGAACGAAGCACUUUCAACUUUACUCGGACCGCCAGCGGCCAUGUCUAUGUUCAGAAGAAGGAUCAUAAGUUCCUUCAUGUUGCCACCUCUACGUGGAAGGAAAUUAUUGGAUUGUGUAUGGGAGAUGAUCCGCGGGUAUUUAUAUCACCCAGAUGACAAACCUUACUAUUCACUGGAUAGUUUGGUGACCAGGAAUCUGGGAUGCACUCCAUGGUCCAGCUUGAUCAACGACGAGGUAAAUGCUUUGGGAAAAGAGAUGGAAUGUCUGAUUGUGGGAGAUUUAAUAGAGGAAAUUGUGAAUGAUAUUCAUUUGUAAUUGUGUUUGAUUAGUACAUUUUGCAGAGUGACCUCUAUUAUGAUCAGCAGGUCGCUUGUUAGAUGAUAUAGACAAGAAGUGGUGAGAGUUGUUGGUGAGUGGGAGUACAUAUGAAGACCAGGUUCCGAAUGAUUUACAUGGCUAUAUCCCAACUUGGGGAUGGCUAUGUUUUCCUGCUAUAUAUAGGUGACUGCAUUUUUUUCAUGAUACAUAGGUGACUGCUGGAGUAGGAGAUUUCAUGUUCAUGUAUAUAUAUAUAUAUAUAUAUAUAUGUGUGUGUGUGUGUUCUUUUCUUUGUGGGUGUUUGAUACAGAAGUAAUUUCAUAUAUGUAAAUGAGUUAAAAUUGAAUGGUUUUUCUUUUUACUAA